ACAAGCUAAGAACAAACACUUCUACCCCUGUCUUCUCCCGCUGACCUACCCCUCACUGCGGAUCCAGACUCAGGUCCGGUUCUGUCUGGUCCUUUAAACGCCCCCCGCCCCGCUCCCCACCCUCACCUCGCUAACCCCCGAAAUGGAUCCGGAGCGGUCCUGGACCCUUUGAGUUUCUGAUGGAAAUGUGAGGUUCACUGAUAUUUCGCGGCGAGAACUGUUGAACCCGGGGAGCGAAACCGUGUUUGCCGAUCGUCAUGGAGAACCUUACGCCGGACCAAUGGCGGGAGAUCGUCAACAAGAAGAUGCGCUUCCCGCCGGAGCUGAUCGCGGCGAUCCAGGAGGGCAGCGCGGCGCAGGUGAGCGGCCUCCUGAAGACGGGCGACGGCAUCAUCCGCCAGCUGGACGACUCCGAGGACCGGCAGUGGCGGGAGGCCCUGAACCUGGCCAUCCGCCUGGGCAGCGAGGACACCAUGGACGCCCUGCUGCGGGGCGUCAAGUUCGACUUCCGGCAGAUCCACGAGGCGCUGCUGGUCGCCGUGGACACCAACCAGCCGCGCGUGGUGAAGCGGCUGCUGGACCGGCUGGACCAGGAGAAGGGCGUGGGCAACAACAAGGUGGACGUGCGCUCCUUCUCGCUAGCCAUCUUCGACCACUCCAUCGACGACUCGCAGUUCGCGCCCGGCGUGACCCCGCUGACCCUGGCCUGCCAGAAGGACCUGUACGAGAUCGUCACCAUGCUGUCCCAGAAGGGCCACGUGAUCCCGCGCCCCCACCGCAUCUCCUGCACCUGCCUGGAGUGCCGCAACGGGCGCCAGUACGACCUGCUCAAGUUCUCGCUGUCCCGCAUCAACACCUACCGCGGCAUCGCCAGCCGCGCCUACCUGUCCAUCACCUCCGAGGACGCCAUGCUGUCCGCCUUCCGACUCAGCCGCGAGCUGCGCAAGCUCUCCAAGAAGGAGCCCGAGUUCAAGCCGCAGUACCUGGCCCUGGAGGAGCUGUGCCAGGAGUUCGCAGUGGAGCUGCUGGGAAUGUGCCGGAACCAGAGCGAGGUCACCACCAUCCUCAACAACUGCGGCGAGGACAGCGAGGACGAGCUGGACGAGCAGGCCUUCGAGGAGGGCAUCCCAAACCUGUCCCGGCUCCGCCUGGCCGUCAACCACAACCAGAAACAGUUUGUGGCCCACCCCAUUUGCCAGCAGGUCCUGUCCUCCAUCUGGUGCGGGAGCCUGACGGGAUGGAGGGGCAGCAGAACGGCCUGGAAGCUGCUGGUGUCCUUCGUCAUCUUCCUCACCAUGCCCAUCCUCUGCCUCGUCUACUGGAUCGCGCCCAAGUCCAAGCUGGGCAAGACCCUGAAGAUCCCUGUGAUAAAGUUCCUCCUCCACUCGGCCUCCUACCUGUGGUUCCUCAUCACCCUGCUGGGCGAGUCCAUCACCAUGGAGAUGUACCGGACCGAGUUUGCCUCGCGCCAGCAGAACAUCCUGCACAGCUCCUUCCACAUGGUGUGGGUGGUGGGGUUUUUCUGGUUCGAGUGUAAGGAGGUGUGGAUCGAGGGCCUGCGCAGUUACUUCCUGGACUGGUGGAACUGCUUGGACGUGAUGGUGCUGAGCAUGUACCUGGCCUCCUUCGCCCUGCGCGUCCUCAUCGUCGUCAAGGGCCACAUCCUGUGCCAGGGGCCCGACUCUGCCGAGGAGUGCAGCUACUUCACCCAGACCGUUCGUGAGGACUGGCGGCAGGAGGACCCGCAGAUGGUCGCGGAGGUACUGUUCGCAGUGACCAGCAUGCUCAGCUUCACGCGGCUGGCUUACAUCCUGCCAGCACAGGAGUCCCUGGGGACCCUGCAGAUCUCCAUCGGGAAAAUGAUCGAUGACAUGAUGAGGUUCAUGUUCAUCCUGAUGAUCAUCGGAACUGCCUUCCUGUGCGGGAUCAACAACAUCUAUGUGCCUUACGUCAUUUCCCCUCACCUGGGACAGUUCAACGAGACGUUCCAGUUCCUGUUCUGGACCAUGUUCGGGGUGGCCAACCAGGAAUACGUGGACAUGCCCGAAUUUGCGGUGGCGGAGUUCGUCGGGCGGGUGCUGUACGGGAUCUUCACCCUGGUCAUCGUCAUCGUGCUCCUCAACAUGCUCAUCGCCAUGAUCACCAACUCCUUCCAGAAGAUCGAGGAUGACGCAGACGUGGAGUGGAAGUUCGCCCGCUCUAAACUCUACCUGAGCUACUUCAGAGAGGGGCUCACCAUGCCUGUGCCCUUCAACAUCAUCCCCUCCCCCAAAGCCUUCUUCUACCUCAUCAGGGGCAUUCUGCGUAGAAUCUGCUGCUGCUGCAGCUGUGACAACAGCAAGGACUACCCCCCCAUCCCGUCCAUGUCGAGCGGGGGCCCAGGGGACGGCCGGGGGCCGGGUGAGGAGCGCGUGCCGUACAGGCAGCAGGUCAUUCGGGCGCUGGUGCAGCGCUACAUCGAGUCCGCGCGCCGCGAGAUGGAGGAGACCAAGCGCAAAGACGUGGGCAAUCGGAUCACGGCGCUGAGUAAAGUGGUCGGCCGGCUGCACUCGGAGAUGAAGGACAUCCACCUGAACCUGGGCAACCGGCCGCUCCAGGGGAGCCCGGAAACCCAGGGAUCCUCCAUACUGGGGAAGUACAUCCUGGGAGCAAAGAACAACUUCCGCGGUUUCGACAGCGGACCGGCGCUGGAGAGCAGCCACGUACCGCUGCAGGUCACCGUCAACGACAGCGCCGGCGAGGGGGAGACCAGGGAGCGGGCAGAGGAGGAGAAGGAGAGGGCGGAGGAGAGGAAGAGGACGGAGGAAGAAGCGAGGGCGGAGGAGGAGAGGAGGAUGGAGGAAGGGAGAGCGGGGUUGGAGAAGGUGGAGGAGGAAGGAGAGGUGAAGGAGGGGAAAGAGAACGGGGUGAGCGCAGCAGAGAGGAGCGAAGAGAGAGAGGUGGAGACUGAAAAGAUGGAGCAAGAGAAAGUGGAGAAUACUGAUGGUGCAGAGGUGGAGGAAAAGAUUGAUGGUGUAAAGGUAGAGGAGGAAACGACUAAUAAUGAGAAAGUGGAGGAGACAAAGGCAGAUGGAGUGAAGGUGGAGGAGAAGGUUCCGGAAGAUGACACCCCAUCUUCAACCAACAGCAGCGGCUCCCAGGACACUGGCUUCGGCUCCCAGGAGUCCAUCGUGGGAGCCGUCAAGAACCGCAAACCCAAAAAAUUCUUCUGA